UCAUACCUAUAAAAUCAUAAAAUAUGUGUAUAUAUUCACACCAUGAUCUGGAAUUGAUGCAAUAAACAUCUUUAAUAUGAGGAGUCUAUAUAUUAGAGUCACAUUUCAAUUUUUUUGGUACAUCAUAAGUUCCGCAACUGGAAACAAUAACUGUGGUGACACAGGAAAUUGGUCACUGUAUGAAGGUCAAUGCUACAGUUGUAAAAGUGACGAAGUUUCGUGGCAUUCUGCAAGAUCGUCAUGUUUACAAUUAGGAGGAAAUCUCGUAACUAUUAGUAAUUCAGGGAUCCAGACCUUUUUACAAAAUCUUUGUGGUACCACAUUCUUUUGGAUUGGUUUGAAUGAUAUAUCAAAUGAGGGCGACUUUGUGUGGGAUGGCACGUCAACACCUUUCUCUUACUCAAAUUGGGGAUCUGGCGAGCCAAAUAAUUCAGGAGAAGGUGGUGAAGAUUGUAUACACCUUUGGCUGGGGGGUCGGUGGAAUGACUAUAACUGUGAAAGGAAUGUAUCUUUCAUUUGUCAGAAACCUCAAGACACUGGCGAGUGUUCAAGUUCCCCCUGCGUACAUGGUACUUGUACAAAUCAGGUUAACUCGUACACAUGUCAAUGCCAACCAGGAUAUACUGGAACAAAAUGUGAUAUUGACAUCAACGAGUGUUCCAGUUCUCCAUGUGUACACGGUACUUGUACAAAUCAGGUUAACUCGUACACAUGUCAAUGCCAUCCAGGAUAUACUGGAACAAACUGUGAUAUUGAUAUCAACGAGUGUUCCAGUUCUCCAUGUGUACACGGUACUUGUACAAAUCAGGUUACCUCGUACACAUGUCAAUGCCAACCAGGAUAUACUGGAACAAACUGUGAUAUUGACAUCAACGAGUGUUCAAGUUCCCCUUGUGUACAUGGUACAUGUACAAAUCAGGUUAACUCGUACACAUGUCAAUGCCAAUCAGGAUAUACCGGAUUUAACUGUGAUGAAGAUGUGGAUGAAUGUCAAAGUUCCCCCUGUAUUCAUGGCGUUUGCAGCAACCUUUUAAAUGCAUAUAGUUGUCAGUGUUUUCCUGGAUAUGAAGGGGCUCUAUGUCAAAUAGAUAUAAAUGAAUGCUUAAGUUCUCCAUGUCAGCAUGGUACAUGUAUUGAUAAAAUAGAUUCUUACUCGUGCAACUGUUCCCCAGGAUAUGUUGGGAGAGACUGUGAUACAGAUGUGGAUGAAUGUCAGAGUUCACCGUGUCUCCAUGGUAACUGCAGUGACCAUGUAAAUGAGUACAUAUGUCAGUGUUUCCCUGGAUAUGAAGGACCUCAAUGUCAAAUAGAUAAAGACGAAUGUUUAAGCUCUCCGUGCUAUCAUGGAACCUGCAUUGACAAAACAGAUUCUUAUGUAUGUGAAUGUUCUUCGGGUUACUCUGGGAGAAACUGUGAACUAGAUAUAGACGAAUGUUCAAGUUCACCCUGUAGUCACGGCAGCUGCAUCAACAAAAUUAACUCUUUUGUAUGUGAUUGUAAUUUUAGAUACAAGGGAACAUCUUGUGACCAAUUUGAUACAAAGCUGUUGUUUAUCCUAUUUAUCUGUCUGCCGAUCAUUGUGCUGAUUCUCUCUUUAUAUCUGUGUAAAAAGAUAAAACAAAACAAAGUUGAAAAUGACCCAGACAUAUUUGAGUUUCCAGACGUUUUAUCUGGAGUAUCCAAACCAAAUUUGCUGUUCCGAAAAUGACAACUAUUUAUCAAAAAAAAUCUUUUCCUCCUUUAAAAGAUUUUCGGUUUCCCACAUGUUAAAUCGAUAACAAUGUUUGAUACUUACGAAACCUAAUUAUUGCCGCUAUGAAAACACAGAAACAGUAACAACAAGAAAUGUGAAAUCAGAUAUAAUACUGAACAAUGCCUUAUAAGCAUUUUAAGGUUUUAAAUGUAAAAUCAAUAUUUUGCAAAGAAAUGACUGUUACAGUAAUGUAAAAAAGUUUUAACAAUAGUAUUGCGUUACUUCUUCUUUAUAGUCUCUCUCUCUCUCUCUCUCUCUCUCUCUCUCUCUCUCUCUCUCUCUCUCUCUCUGAAUUAUCUAUGAAUCACAAAAUGUUUACUUUGUACCAGUUCCUUGUCGUUUUCAGUUUUGAUGAUUCCUUAUUAUCAGGGGUCUAUUUUAAAAUGACACCAACUUGUUUUGAAAACCGGACCAAACAUUUAAACCCAAAAGAGCAAUACAAAAAUAACAUAAAGAUGAGUUUACAAUUUUUGCAGAAAAACCUCCUUUUUUAGAAUAAAACCUAUUGAUCGUGUGCAUUCCAAACAUACUUGUAUCAAGGAGCUAAACGAACUGUUUUCUCAAGCAAAAAUAAUAUCUUUGUAGCUUUUGCAAUUUUUCAAGAAGUAGGAUUUGUUAUUUAAUGGAAGAAAUUGUCCUACUUCCAUUAAUUAAUUUAAUUUGUCAAAGGCAAAACAUUUCUUAUAUAUUGUGUAAUGAGAUAAAAUAAAUCU